GCAUUAGGAAUGACAAGACAAUAGAAUCAUAAUCAGCAACAGAAAGGUAAAGCCUCAUGUUAUCCUGAGUUUUCAGCAGCAAGACAGUGUUGACCCAGCAAUCAGCACUGGUUUCAUCCAAGCGAUUGAGAUGCACGCGUCCUGCUGUGUGUUCAUGUACAACACACACGCUUUGAAGAAGCCACAAUUGAGGUUUGGCAGGCACCAGCAGGGCUUUUUAGAUCUGCAGGAAAGUGAAACUUGGAACAAAUCCACCUCCCCUUGCAGCUGAGCUGAACAUGAAGGGCUCAUCUCUAAGCAUGCCAAAGGAUUCUGCAUAACCAUCACUGUCCCAAGUGACAGCCCCAGCUAAGAGCAGCACCAACUGCCCUUGAAGCACCACCGGGUUGGGGGACAAGUCUUCCAUUAAGAUACAGUCAAGCUGGUGAGGCCCAUUCUGGAAAACCAAACAGCACGAAAAUUGCAUCUUUUCAUUCAAAGCCAGGAGGUAUUAGGCAAGCACGGUGUGGGCUAGCAGAGAAAUCCUGGCCAGCAGCCACCUCUCAGCCAGCCAGGUGAUGGACCACCCAGCAGUGUUUUCUCCACACACUCACCUGUUAUUGGAAAUCAAGAUCUGAAUUUAGGGUUGGUUUUUGUAACCUUCCUCUGAGGUUGCAGCAAUGCUGCCUUUGUAUACUAUUCAGACAAAGUAUUUCCAACGUUAAGACAGAGCUCAUAGCGUGCUGUAAGCUGCCUGGGGGCUUUCAUUGCCUACAAAACACUUUCACCUCAGUUGUUCCAAUUGACUCUCAGACAGACAGCCUCCCUGAGCAUGCUGAGAAUCUAACAUUUUGCUCAGCCUUUACUCAGAAAUGAGACUGAAAUGGAACUUGAUUCUUCCACUGAGAUGCAUCUCCUCAAUUCUAAGUACACCACUGAACAACACUUGACAUAACAGAGGCUGAAGUCCCACCACAAGUGCACCUUGAUCCAAGCUGUUAAUUUACAACUGUGUUUGUGAUUAGGAGGAAGUGUGGGGAAGAGUCGGCUUGGUUAAAAAGUAAACUUUCAGAUGAGGUUUUACCAAUUGUGAGCAGUUUCUUGACAAACUUCUGGUGCGUUUGCUUUCUCACUACGUUCUUACACAGAUUAUGGACUGCUGGAAAGGAGCCAUAUGCAGCAGUUGGAUUUAUCCCACGCUCAUCAUCUGUGUGAAUGGGUUUUUCUCCACAAUGAGACCUUCGGAGUCUUUUCUCACACCUUACCUAACUGGACCAGACAAAAACCUAACAGUUGAGCAGGUUACCAACCAGGUUUUCCCAGUUUGGACAUACUCCUACCUCGCGCUCCUUGUCCCCGUCUUCCUGAUUACUGACUACGUGCGCUACAAGCCCAUCCUCCUCCUCCAGGGCAUCAGCUUCAUUGUCACGUGGCUCCUGCUCCUCUUUGCACAGGGGCUGGUGGCCAUGCAGGUGAUGGAAUUCUCCUACGGGAUGGUGACAGCCACCGAGGUUGCCUACUACGCCUACAUCUACAGCGUCGUCAGCGCUGAUCGCUAUCAGAGAGUGACGAGCUAUUGCAGGAGUAUCACUCUCGUUGCAGCCACCCUUGCUGCUGUGCUGGGACAGCUCCUGGUUUCCUUAGCAGACGUAUCCUACUUCCACCUCAAUGCCAUUACUCUGGCCUCUGCGUCCUUGGCCUUUGUGUGCUCCUUUCUCCUCCCAAUGCCUCAAAAGAGCAUGUUCUUCCAUAGGAAAGGCCCCUCAGAAACCCUCCCACAACCAGACAAAGCUGUGGCUGGGCUCAGUUCCAACACGUCAUUGAGCUGCCAAGCGGACAAGGACUGCGCAGCUGCUGACACGGGAGCGACUCCAGCGCAGCAGGCUCAGCAGCCCGAGCCCCAGCACCACGUGCUGAGAGUACUGGUGCAGCUGGGCAAGGACCUGAAGGAUUGCUACAGCUCUAGGAAGCUGCUUUACUGGUCCCUGUGGUGGGCUUUGGCUACGGCAGGCUUUAACCAAGUUGUGAACUACAUCCAAGUGCUCUGGGACUUCCGAGCCCCAUCUCACAGCUCUGCAGUGUACAAUGGAGCUGUUGAAGCAGUGGCAACAUUUUUAGGUUCAGCAACAUCCAUGGCAGUUGGAUACAUCAAAGUGAACUGGGAUCUUUCUGGAGAACUGGCUUUGGGAAUUUUCUCUGCAAUGGAUGCUGGUUCUCUGUUUCUCAUGUUCUUUAUUGACAACAUCUGGGCAUGUUAUGCUGGUUACCUUGCAUUUAAGGCAUGCUACAUGCUCCUUAUAACAAUAGCAACGUUCCAGAUUGCUGUUAAUCUUAGCAUGGAGCGUUAUGCUUUGAUGUUUGGCUUCAACAACUUCAUUGCACUGGUGAUCCAGACAAUUUUAACCAUUGUUGUAGUGGAUCCAAACGGUCUGGGACUGGGUAUCAGCACCCAGACUCUACUGAAUGAGGUCAAGCAGGUGGACUAUCAUCAUUUCAAGAUGAGAUCAUUCAAGAGCAUGGGUGGCAGGAAGGGGAAGAAGGCAGCACAGGGUCUCCCCUUCAGUUAUUAUACAACAACAACAAAAAAAACUGUUCUUGAUUUUCUUCAUUUUUCUCCCCAUUUCCCAGUUUCUCAUUUACAGCAGCUACUUCACGUUCAUAGCUGGAAUUUUCCUGAUCAGAAGCAUAUACACCAUUAUCUCCAUGAAAUGCACAAAUACCAGCACGGCUGGUGAGCCCACUGGUCAUUAAGGAAUGCUGCAGGAAGAUAAAAAGAAUGGCUGCAAGCAACACUUCAGAAGACUGCAUCAUCUAAACAAUUAACUAGGGGAAACUUAAAGCUCAACUAAACCUGUGCCUGUCACACAACCAACCAGACUUAUGAGCCUCCAACAUAAAGAGCUUCUUAAACAGGAAGACGCAUUUUCCUGGUUUCCUUCACCAGUAAGUUCUAAUACCAAAGUCCUCAAUCUUCCGUUUCAACUCAAAUUCAGUGAUGCAGCCCUGAUGUAAAAACUUGUAUUUUUGUUUGCUGGAUUUUCUCCCCCUGCUCUGCCCUCGUGAGGCCCACCUGGUGUACUGCAGAGAGACCCAGGGCCCCAGCACAAGAUGUGGAGCUGCUAGAACAGGCCCAGAGGACGACCGUGGAGAUGACCAGAGGGCUGGAGCACCUGUCCUACAAAUAAAGCUUGGGCUUGGAGAAGAGAAGGCUCCAGGGAGAUCUCAUUGUACUUUUUCAGUAGUUAAAUGGAACUUCAAAGCUGGAAGGGGACUGACUUUUUACAUGUUCUGAUAGCGAUAGGACAAUGGGAACAGCUUUCAACUAUUGAGAGAGCAGAGAUUUAGAUUACACAUUAGGAAUAAAUUAUUUACUCAGAAGACAGCGAGGCACUGUCAGAGAAGAGAUGGAUGCCCCAGUCCUGGAAGUGCUCAAGGCCGGGCUGGAUGGGGCUCUGGGCAGCCUGAGCUGGAGGGCAGCCAGCACACAGUACAGGGUUGGACCUCCAUGAUCUUUAAGGCUCCUUCCAACCUAAGCCAUCCUGUGAUUUUAUGAACACAAUAGGAGAACAUUGCAUACAGAUGCCUGAAUCUCUCAGUGGCAGAGCUUAUAGAACAUCACCAGAGAACUUUUACUUUUACUGAGUAUUUUAAUUAAAUGCAGUUUACUCUCAUUUACAAGGCAUUCAAACAUUCCUGGGGAGCCUAAAGAAGCAACUGUCCUACAGCAGCACACAGAUCUGUAAGACAGGUUGCCACAAACUUUCUGGACACUUGCACUUUUUCAACUGGAAGUUCUGACAUGAAUUUUUAAAGCAAGUUAAUACAAACAAUAAUUAACCUUCCCUCACUCCACUUCAGCCCACAAAGAUGCUACAACUGCAUGUUCAACAGUGGAUUAGUACAUUCUCACAUAUGACCAAACACAUUCACUUCAGGUUCCACACAGAUAGUGAAUUCCUUCUAUAUCUGAAGUUGUGUGACAUCAAGAAAAAUGCCAUUUUGUUCAGGAAAUGUUCCAGAUGCAGUGACAGCAGGACUGUGAAUCUGUUGAAGAUGUCUCGUACUCAUACCCUGGCUUUCCCUUUUAAAGGUCUGUCUUGAUAAAGAGGUCUUAGCUUAAACAGUCAGCAUACACCUUCAUUAUGUACAGCUAAUGGAGGUUUUCAGACAUACUUAUCUUUGGAAGCAAAAAAUCUCCUAAGCUAACUUUGUAUUUUUAAGCAAGCCAUUGGCAGAUACUUCAAUUCCUAUACAAGGCAGUCUUACUUAAAUAAAAACACUUAAAAGUUUAGA